GCAGGAAAUUCUGUAUAAAUAGGUAUAAAAAGACAAGGAGUUAAGGCAUUCUGACUCACAGGGUUGUGCAUAUUCCAAGUUAAGCAGAUGGCUGUAAUGAAGGUGAUUCUGUGCUGGACUCUAGGCUGUUGCUUUCUGGGUGCAAGGAGCCUGGUGGUACAAGCAGCCGAUGACGACAACAACAACAUCAGAGAAGGGUUCUGCUUCUUCAGUGUCAAGCAGGAGAUGAAUGAACUCGUUGCCCGGCUGACCAAGGUGGAGAAUGAUUUGAAAAGAUUACAAGAGACACCCAGGAUCGCGUUUUCGGCCAUCCUGUGCAACGGCGAGACAAUAAAUCUCGGAAAUUUCAAUACCAAGACUACAAUUGUUUACCCCAAGGUACUGACAAACAUGGGGGGAGCCUACAACUCAGCAACUGGCAUUUUCACCGCCUUUGUGAAGGGCACUUACUACUUCAGCUUCACUGUGUUUUUGGCCAACGCUGCCAACCUGUAUGUUAAUCUGAUGAAAAACUCACAACACGUGGUCUCAAUGUGGGACACCCAGUCCACAGACCUCAAUGACAGUGGAACCAAUUCUGCUGUUCUGGAACUGGAAGUAGGGGACCAGGUGUAUGUGAGGCUGAAUGAAAACAGGCAGCUGUAUGAGGAUAAUACCUGCUACAACAGUUUCAGCGGAUUCCUGCUCUUCCCUGCUUAAGCAACUAGAAUUUCAGUCAUUCCUUUUGUAAGUUAAUUUGUUAGAGGAUGAUGUCAGAUUCUUCAAAAAUGUCCACUACUAGAGUACAACAGCCAUCUGUGGCGCUAUAUUCUCCACUUCAUGUUCACAAGCGAGCCUUGUUUAUUAUCUAUAACCCCAUGUACAUGGGCUCUAAGGGGGUGGGUAAAGUGUUUUUUAAUUCAUUUUCAUUCCAACACUAUGUGUCUUAGAAUAUGUACAGUAUGAGAAGCAGGAGAGCUCUGUUUGUCUUAUUAUACCAAAAUUUCCAAAAUCUUGUAUUAUAUACACUUUCUUAUCAUGUCAGUUAAUAUCUGUAGUGAAACUGUAUAGAUGUGGCAGGUAAUAAUACCGAGGCACACCAGUGAGGAAUUCUAACGAGAUGUUAUAACAAUAAUAAUGAAGAAACAAGAUUGUGCACAACAAGGUGAUUAUAUUGAUUUACACAACUCUGUAAAGGGGAAAGGGGACUUAAAAACUCAUCUCUUUUGAAACCUUCACAGCCGUGCAAUAUCUAUAAAAUUAACAUUUAUUGCAGAUAUUUGUUGUUCAGCUUAUAUCAACUAGGCCUUCCAGAAAGAAAGUCUUUCAAGCAGUUUUAUAAAUCAUUUUAAUAGCAAUGUCUGUUGAAAUUUAAAAAAUAGAAUGAUAACAAUCUCAGCCAGUGUGACAAUAAAUCACUGCACAUAGAAUGUCAUUAGCACUGUUAAUCUUAUUGAUUUAGAUGGUAUACGGUUAAAAUGACAAUUUGUAAUACAUUUGACUAUCUGACCAAUAAAAAUAAAAAUAACAUUUCAUUUACAAUCUCGUUAAAGCAGCACCAACUGAAAAUCCAUGUUUUAAUUAGUAUAAUAGAUGACUGUUCCCAGUCUAAGCAAGCUCAAUAUCAUUAUUCUAACAGAGUUUUCAAAACAAGACACACCUACUUCACCUGUUAUAGCAAAAAACCAUAAUACCUACUUAAUAAUAAGACAAUAAAAUCAACAAAUAUAAGAAUAGUCACUGUGAACACAUACAUGUAAUAAUUCAUUAAUAAAAUGUUUUAGUUAAACAUUUGCUUGUUUUGCAAAAGAUAAAUCACACACUUUCUGUGGCAGCUUUAGGAAACCGGCUCCUAAUGCAGAGCUGGGUCUAAUGCAGAGCUGAGUCUCGACCUGAGGAUCACAGAACUGGCCAACACUUGGACUGUGAAGUCCUGGAAUUAAUUGACAACCUGCCUGGUGCAGUUAAAGUCAGGUGCAGGUUCACUAAUCUAGACAGAUGCUCAUGGCAGCCUUGAAACUGGGUGCAUGUUGUAGUUAGCUACGGUAUUUCUAAAGAAUGCCAUUUAGAGGGAAAAAGUAAAAUAUUUGCAAGGUACCUGUAUGGUCACAGCUAAAACCGAAUGCAAAAUCCAAAUGCGAAAUUGAUGCAUACAAAAGACAAAUACUUAACCAGACAAGAAAAUGUACUGUUAACACAUAACAGCUUUCUAAAUUUGGCUGCCAGUAGUUAAUUUAUCAGGGAAUCUCAAUCAAUCAAUCAGCAUUAUCUUGAGGGAAACCAGGGUAUCGGCUUCAACAGCAUAGCUGGAUAGCUUGUUCCAGACUCCCACAAUCCUUUUUGCAAAAAAGUGAUGUAUACAGACAUGAAAAACCUGUCUUAAAACGAAUUAAUGCUUCAGUCUGGAGAAAAAUGGAUUGAUGUCACAGGACGUUAGACAUGGUAUGGAAAAAGUGGCAGAAAUUAAUGCUGUGCUUAAAGAUCAAUAAAUUUCAUUUUCAAUGUAAUGUGUGUAUGAGCAUCUUCACUAAAAUAAGGGUGGAGACAUUCAGAACAUAUUCAUAACCAAAGUUGUUUGCACCUUGGCCUGAAAAUGUUCAUUUUAACAAGAAUUUAAUGAAUGCUUAUUUUAACUGACUCUUCCUAAUUUUUAGUUGCCUUUUGUCUGUAUAUUGUGGAUCAAAUUGUUCUAUCUGAUUUGUAUGCAGCUUAUUCUGUUAUCAAGCGUUUCAUAUUAUAUGCUACGAUGUUG